AUGCUGGCCGAGUAUUCUCGAGUGGUGCGGGCGCUGCGGCACCUGUUUCGGCUUUUCAUGAUGGAUGGAGCUAAGAGUAAGCAACAGCUCAGCAUUCGGCGAACGACAUUGCUUGCGUCACUGAGCCGAGCCCAGCAGUUUCUACAGGGGUACGUGGCCGACCGCGAUGCUCUGCAAGUGGCCAUUCGGUUGGAGAAUUUAGAAGUUUUAUGGCAAGGUCUGGAGGAUACUCAAACGGCUCUGGAGGAGAUGGAAACAGAUAACGAAGCGAUGGUGAGAAACUUGCAGUUCAGGUCUGAUUUCGAACCCAAACUUUUCGAAAUAAAAGCUGGUCUGCUUGGUAAAUUGCCUCCAGCAAUUAAUUCUAUAAAUGAGCUCCCUCUAAACCCCCCACCGCAAAUUCACUCUGGUCUCUCUGGUCUAAAGUUGCCGACAAUAUCUCUUCCUGAAUUUACUGGUGACUACCAGGAGUGGCUUGGCUUUCAUGACACGUUUCUUGCGCUAAUUCACGCAAAUCCCGACGUAGCUGCCAUACAAAAAUUCCACUAUUUAAAGGCAGCUGUCAAAGGGGAGGCAUCUCAGGUAAUCGAGUCGAUACCCAUCAGCGCAGCCAACUAUCCUCUUGCCUGGAUCGCCUUGGUAGCUCGAUAUUCCAACGAGUACUUGUUAAAAAAACGACACAUGCAAGCGCUACUAGAAAUACCACGGAUGAGGGAAGAAUCUGCUGUCGCUUUGCACGGCCUCGUGGACGACUUUGAAAGGCAUAUAAAGGUGCUAAAGCAAUUGGGAGAGCCUACGGAUGCCUGGAGUACAAUUUUGGAACACUUGCUCUGCACAAGACUACAUCAUGAGACUCUCAAUAUGUGGGAAGAUCACGCUUCUACUCUGGAAGAGCCCUCUUACCCAAAACUGGUCGAAUUCCUUCAGCGUCGCAUGCGGGUGUUAGAAUCGAUUUCGGUAAAUCACGAUUCUGCGCAAUCCGUUUUAACACCAUCCAUUUCUGGAUCUUCAGGAGUCAGUCAACGAUACAAGCGUCCAACUGAGUUACUGCUGUCUACACAUGCGGUAACAGAAGCUACGAAUGUCAACUCCCCAAUCCGUCCGACAGCCAUCAUGGGGCAAUUGAAAAGGCUCUCUUUACACGAAAGAAUGAAUAUGAAUCGAGGCUAUAGCAACACGGGUGGAAAUUCACAGCAUUCAGCACAAAUAAACGUGGCAACGUCAACUAUCGAGCAUUUCACACCGCAAUCAAUCGCGGCUAUCAACGAAAUUCAAGGGUCGAAAAUUCUCGCGCACGCAGCACGAAAUGAGAAUGUGUUUAUGCUCACUGUAGUUCUAAUCAUCGUUGAUGCCUACGGUCAAAAUCAUUUUGCUAGAGCCUUGUUAGACUGCGCAUCACAGCCCAACAUAAUCAGCGAACGAAUGGCUCAAAUUCUCCGGCUCAAGCGAAAUAAGGUGAACGUUCAGCUUCAUGGUCCAGGUGGUAUCGCAGUUCGUUCCACCGACUCAGUGUUCACCCAAAUUCACUCUAGGAAAGAAAACUUUUCGCGUGACGUAGAGUUCUUGAUCCUACCGCGAGUAACAGCUGAUAUGCCUGCGAGCGAUAUUUCGAUUGAUAACUGGAGCAUCCCCAAGGACCUUUUCCUGGCAGAUCCAAACUUUAACAAGCGAGCAGAAGUUGAUAUGAUAAUCGGCCUUCCACAUUUCUUUGCUUGCUUUAAAACUGCUGCACGCGUGCAUUUGGCACAAGAUUUACCCGAGUUAGUUGACAGUGUCUUCGGUUGGAUUGUCGCAGGCUCAGGUGAUCAUAUUCCCAACUCUGCUGAUCAAGUGCAGUGCAAUGUUUCAACAACUUGUCUCGUUUCUCUCGAAGAAAACUUAGAGCGCUUCUGGAAAAUAGAGGAACUUCCCCCGCACUCGGAUUAUUCUGUCGAAGAACGCCAAUGUGAGACUAUCUACGCAUCAACCGUCACAAGGGACAGUACUGGCCGAUAUACUGUGCGCCUACCACGCCAUCCGGACUUUGAUGCCAGGGUAGGGAACUCCAAACUGGCGGCGCUUCGAAGAUUCAAACUUCUAGAGCAAAGGCUCGAUCGAAAUCCCACACUGAAGAAAGAGUAUCACGACUUCAUGAAAGAAUACCUCACUCUCGGCCAUAUGUGCCAAACCCCCAAGGACGAUGAGCAAAAUUUCAAAGGUUACUACCUUCCUCAUCAUCCCGUGCUGAAAGAGUCCAGUACUACAACGAAAGUCCGCGUAGUAUUCGACGCAUCCGCUAAAACUUCGACCGGUUUUUCCUUGAAUGACUCACUUUAUGUUGGACCAGUUGUCCAGGACGACCUCCUGUCGAUAAUUUUGCGAUUCCGCACGUACCUGGUAGCUGUGGUUGCGGACAUUGAAAAAAUGUAUCGCCAGGUCUCAGUGCAUCCUUCUGAUGCCCCAUACCAACGAAUAUUGUGGCGAUUCAAUGAAGCAGACCCAAUUCAAACUUAUGAUUUGUUGACCGUUACAUAUGGACUUGCACCAUCGUCCUUUCUAGCCACACGCACCUUGCAGCAGUUAGCCGACGACGAAGGUGUGGCUUAUCCCAUCGCAGAGCCAAUUCUACGCAAAGGAUUCUACGUAGACGACUGUUUAGGCGGUGAACAAUCGGUUGAAAAGGCAAUUCAGCUGCGUGACGAAUUAAUCGAGCUACUUCAGAAAGGUGGAUUCAGUCUGCGAAAAUUCACGUCCAACAAAUUAGAAGUUCUACAUGGCCUGUCCCCAGAGCAAGUAGGCACACAAUCAUCUCUUACUUUCACCUCCCAAGAAACGGUCAAAACAUUAGGAGUAGGCUGGGAACCUGAACACGACAUGCUUCGUUUCGAUUCCAACGUAAAGCACCCCGAGGAUGUUGCAACCAAAAGGUCGAUUUUAUCGUCCAUUUCGCAGCUCUUCGAUCCGCUUGGACUAAUAGCACCAGUUGUGAUACGUGGGAAGCUGCUUAUGCAAGAGUUGUGGUUGAUGCAAAGUGAAUGGGAUCAACCAGUUCCAACGAUUAUCAAAGAGAAAUGGUACGCGUACUAUAAGGAUCUUCCUAAAAUUGCCGAAUUUCGCACCGAACGCUAUGCUUUCUUGCCGAAUGCUUCAGUUAAACUGCACGUGUUUUGUGAUGCUUCAGAAGCAGCCUUUGGAGCAUGUGUCUACGCACGGUCAGCCGAUACCAAAGGAAACAUAAGAGUACAGCUACUUGCAUCUAAGUCUCGGGUCGCCCCCUUGAAAAGAAUUACUCUGCCUAGACUUGAACUUUGCGCUGCUGUCAUUGGCGCCCAGCUACAUGCGCAUGUGGUGAAUGCUCUUCAAAUCGAAAUUAGCGAAUCUCGAUUUUGGUCAGAUUCGACGGUGGUACUCCAGUGGUUACAGUCUCCACCAAACACAUGGAAGAUGUUCGUUGCCAAUAGGGUUUCUGAAAUACAAUCCAGCACUCACGGCGCACGAUGGAGUCACAUUUCCGGUAAGGAAAAUCCGGCAGAUUUGAUAUCCCGAGGAAUGAGAAUGGACGAUUUCCUUUCAAGCGAUUUAUGGAAACAUGGCCCACACUGGCUUCGUCAAGCAGAGAAUGAAUGGCCUGCUCCGACAAUGCUCCCGGCGUUAACCGACAACGUAGAGGUUAAAAAAGUUUUCGUCGCCGUGAUUCAUAACAAACCGGGGGUUAAUCCAAUGUUUACCCGCUAUUCGUCGCUUGAUAAAUUGAUUCGCGUAACUGCGCACUGUCUUCGAUUUGUCGGUAACAUGCGCUCUAAAACUCGCACGCAUCCUAGCGUUACGACUGAUUUGCUCCCUGGCAAGUGUUUAUCGGCAAAACAAAUAUCGGAUGCCCAAUCACACUUGGUACAACUUGCUCAAGCGGAUGCAUUCCAUGAUGAGCUGAAAGACCUAAAAAGAGGAAAUACUGUGUCAAAACAUUCAUCGGUUCGAUUACUUAGCCCUUUCAUAGACCAGAGGGGAACACUCAGAGUGGGGGGUAGGUUGAGAUUAUCUGACGAAUCCUUUCACGCAAAACAUCCUGCUCUAUUGCCAAGCUAUCAUCCAUUUACCCGAUUACUUCUCACAUCCUACCAUCUCAAGUUACUUCAUGGUGGUGGCCAACUCACUCUAGCCACUGUGCGUGAAGAAUACUGGCCCCUAAAUGGAAGGCGGAUGAUGCGAAGCAUUAUACGAUCAUGUGUUAAAUGUGUCAGAGCAGAUCCAGUUCCAAUCCAACAGCGUAUGGGUCAAUUGCCCGUACCCCGAAUCACUGCAAGCAGACCUUUCACCGUUACUGGCGUUGACUACGCUGGACCAGUUUACCUACGAGCACCGCAUAAACGAGCCGCGCCACCAAAAGCAUAUAUUAGCGUUUUUGUAUGUUUUUCAACGAAGGCGGUGCACCUAGAACUCGUCUCCGAUCUAACAACCGCCGCCUUUCUAGCCGCUUUUCGGAGAUUCACUUCUCGUCGCGGUUUACCCACCCACGUUCACUCCGAUAAUGGAAAGAAUUUUCAAGGAGCAAAAAACGAACUACAGGAGUUAUAUCAACUGCUAUCAAAUGAGAACGAAAUUUGCAAAAUCCAAUCCAAGCUUGCCAGUGAUGGAAUUACUUGGCACAUGAACCCACCAAAGGCUCCACACUUCGGGGGUCUUUGGGAAGCAGCAGUAAAGGUAGCCAAGAAACACCUUCACCGCCAAUUGGGCAACGCGAGACUUUCAUUCGAGGAUAUGUGCACGGUGCUGGCGCAAAUCGAGGCCAGCAUGAACUCCCGUCCGUUGACACCAUUAACAGAGGAUCCAAACGAUCUUAACUCGCUCACUCCGGGGCACUUUCUCAUCGGAAACGCGAUACACUCAAUGCCAAAUCCGGAUGUCCGAUGCAUCCCAACUAAUCGCCUCGACCAUUAUCAGCGAAUGCAAUUGCUGCAUCAACAAUUUUGGCAUAGGUGGCGAACGGAAUAUCUGCAGGAACUGCAACGCGAGACGAGCGUUCAUUCAGCAAACACGAACAUUAAACCCGGACAGCUGGUAGUCAUCCUCGACGAAUUCCUCGCGCCGCUAAAAUGGCCGCUGGCGCGCAUCAUCAGUAUACAUCCUGGCCCCGACGAUCUCGCUCGUGUAGUUACUUUGCGAACUGCUAAAGGCGUCAUUCAACGACCGGUAGUAAAAAUCUGCUUGCUACCAACACAGCGUGAUGAAACAGCGUCUGCAGACACAUCCACAACAAAGGAAAACAUCCCACAACCAGUCCCAACAGAUGAUGAUCCGGAUCACAGCACUGCGGAAGAAAAUUUAUAUAGUCAUUAA